CAUUAUCUUAUUCUUCUUUAGCCAUUCUUUGGUAGAAAUAUUUGUGUGCUUAUAGCUGUUGUCUUGCUCCAUGACCCAAAUUUUCCUUUAGAUAUUGCUAGUUUAAGUUCAGAAUUCAUUAUUCCUUCAGUGAUUGUAACCUGUCCUGCCCCAGAUGUAGCAAAACAGCUCGUCCAUUUCUAUAUGGUCACCAGGAGAUCUGGGAUAUGGCGCAGUCGCUACUCGCGAGCCCGGAUGACGCUGCUAGCACACUCUCUGAUGUUGCUAAUAUACUUCGCACCAGGAAAAAAUUGAACCUGUUUAUCCUGAAGGCUCCUAUCUGAAAAGAAGAUACAAAGAUGAAUUACUCCUCCCUCUCUAUCACGUCUUCAAAGUGGUUCCUGGUCAUGCAAAGUGAACGAAUGAAUUUCCUGCUCAUCCCUGCUGUUCUCCUCACUACCAUGACUCUGGUGAUAAACCCAUUAAUCCUCUUCUGCAUCUUCUGCAGUCCAUCUCUCCGGCAGGAAACUCGUUACCUCCUCCUGGCCAAUACACUGCUAUCGGACGUCCUCUUCCUCUGUUUCAACCUCGCCAACAUCUCCUGUAAUGCACUGGACAUGGAAAUUCACUACAUAUUCUGUGAGGUUUUAAUGCUUGCCAUUGUGACUACAUACUGCUCCUCUGUGUUAACUGUCACGCUGAUGGUCAUUGACACGUUUUUGGCUGUGCGUUGGCCAUUGCGCUACAAUGAAAUCCUGACCCCAUCACGUGUAAAGAAGAUCGUCGGGGUUGUGUGGGCCUUAGCUGUGACGUAUCCGCUCUCUCUGCUGGUGGUAAUGGCGGUCAGUAAACAGGGCAACCCAGAGAACCUGAAGGUGUGUCUGGUGCUGCUCAUUCUAGGAUUACUGGAAAAAGACAUUGGUGUCAGUCUGCAUAUCUACUUCAGCGUGUGGGUGAUUUUUUGCACUGUGCUGAUCCUCUAUUGUUACGUCCGUCUCUAUAUGGUUACCAGGAGAUCUGGGAUAUGGCGCAGUCGCUACUCGCGAGCCCGGGUGACGCUGCUAGCACACUCUCUGAUGUUGCUAAUAUACUUCGCACCCGGUUUGGUGUUCACAAUGGAGCUUGCACAGUUUCAGCAGUUAUCUAAGCAUCUGCACCUCGCUGUGUGGAUCAAUUCAGUGAAUCUGGCUGUGCUGAUGGUUGUGCCACGUGCUUGUGCUCCAUACCUGUAUGGCUUGCGUUACCGGGAGAUCUAUGAGACAGUUCAGCUGAUGCUGUGCAAAAGACGGCUCAACCAGACCACCAACAGAUCGCCAACACCAACAGAUUCUUAAAGAGCAUAAUUAGACAAAAAAAACUCAACAUGGCAUGAACAUGAAUGGAAUUUAGUGGGUUACAAAACAAUACAGUGGGAUUCUUAUCUCACUAAUUUCUACUGUUGUAUAAAGAAAACUAGCAAAAAAUGAUCAUCUGGCAUUAAAUGAACAUUUAAACGCCAGAUCACAGUAUCUAUGAUUGCUUUGGGCAGCGGUGUCCAGUCUUAUCCGGAAAGGGCCGGUGUGGGUGCAGGUUUUCAUUCCAACCAAACAGAAGCCACACCUGAUUCCACCUGUUUAAUCAUUUGUUCUUGGCUUUUUGUAGACUUUGGUGUGGCUUCUGCUUGGUUGGAAUGAAAACCUGCACCCACACCGGCCCUUUCCGGAUAAGAUUGGACACCGCUGGCUUAGGGUCAUCAUCAUUUGUGAGGAAACUGCCUCGUUAUUUUUACUCUCAUGGUAAAACCUCUCUCCGUUUAUAUUCUUGUUAAGAAAUGCUUCAUUCAAGACUAAAAACAGUUACACACAUUAAAGGUGCUAUUCUAGUCCUUUAAUUCAAAAUCUACUCAUAGUGAACGACUUUCUAACACACUCAGUCCUGUUUCACUUUAUUAUAUACAGUUGUAGAAGAGUAAUGAUUUAUAAAACCCACUGUCAGGUGUCUGGGUGGAUGGUUUCCCUUUUGAUUCUGGUUCCUCUCAAGGUUUCUUCCUCAUGUUGUGUAAAGCUUGCCAUUGUUGCCUUUGGCUUGUUUAUUAGGGUUUGAAAUCUUUAUCUGGAUUUCUGUAAAGCUGCUUUAUGACAAUCUGUUACAAUUGUUAUAAGAAAAAUAAAUAUGCUAGACAAAUUAAAAUUUCAUUUAGGAAAUUAAAAACAGUAUAAGAAUUAUUUCUUCUUCUUUUUUUUUUUUAAUAAACUGAUUAGUUUUGGCUUCAGUGGAGCCACGGGAAAGUCUUUUUUAGCAGGUUAGUUUUAUGUGGUACAGACACAAAAUGCUUCUCUGAGUGUAUCAACAAUAUGCUGCCUAUCAUGAGCAAUAAAAUAAUUAACACACCAUGACUACAAAGCUAAAUAUUGUGCAUCUUGUACAUCUAGCUGUUUAGCCUAGUUGUAUGAUGUAAUGUUUAGUCAGAAUUUCAGCUUUAUUUGCAGGAACAUGAUGCUUUUUUUUUUUUUUUUUUUUUUAACCAAAAAUACUAGGUUUUACUCGUUUCUUUAUUAACAUACAAAGACUAUGUAAUAAAUAUAAU